AUGAUUUCAAAUAGAAGAAGCAAGGUCACAACUAAAUCGAGCAGUCAUCAGAGAAAAUAUGGCAGAAAAAUGAUGAAUCCCUCAUCAAGAACUGAAGAUAGGAGCAAUCUUAGAAGAGGAACCUGCAAACAAGGGGGUAUUAUUGAAGGUGACUUACAGGGUAGUAAAGACAGCGGUUUUGCAGAACAGGAACACAUAUCCACUGGACAUGAGCUGACUAGCUACUCCACUUUUAUGUCUGUCAAUAAUAGCAACGAUAGAACAUCUAUCUGUAAAAAUGAUUACAUUAGAAUUGAAGAAAAUCAAAACAAGGACAACUCAGGGCAUUCGCUCAAAACAAUAGAACAGGAGAUUACCAAUGUCACCAAGUGCGAACAAUCAAAUAUUGCAAGUGAUAUGAAUGAAUUUGAGGAACAGGACUUUGAAGAGGUUGAUGUUAUGUCUGGUGACAAAGACAAUGGUUUCCUAGAGAAUGACAACUUGAGCCAAGGAAGCAAUGGGUCUGAAAGCUACCCCGAAUCUGCACUUGUCUCUUCUGUGGGUUACAAUAAUGUAGCAGGACAUUCUUCCCAAACAUACGAGGAGUUUCAACUAGAUCUGAGCGAAAAUGACGACGAGGCCUUAAAGGAGGAGUUGAUGCAUAUUUUUGAAAGAGAGAGAAUUGCUGUGGAGAUGUAUUUCAAGAACAAAAUGGAGGAACGUUUGCGAGUAUUUAGAAGUAAACAGCUAGAGUACGAGGAAACAACACGAGCGGAAAAGAUAGAGCUUGAGCAUAAUGUUUCAAUAGAGAAAAUGGAAAUGCAGAAUACGUUUGCAAAAGAGGUCGCCAAACUGGCGCAUACGUUCAACGAGGAGAGACAACAGCUGGAGGUGUAUUACAAAGAGCAGUUGAAAGACCUAAGGGAAAAUAUUGAAAUCGAAAAAAAGAAUAUGGAUGAGAAACUCUCAAAAGAGAAAAUUGAGUUUAAGGAAAAUCUCGAAGCUGAAUAUCAGGCGAUGGUCAGGAAAGAAGUCGCUCAUGAAAAGAAAGAAGCAGUCCAAGAAAGAUCCGAAUUGGAAGCACGUUUUUACCGUGAAAAAUUAGAGCUUGAAAAUUGCUACACCCUUAAGUUGACCGAAGCUGAAACAAGUCUGCAAAAACUCAAGGCAGAAUUUGAGGCAAAUUUAGCAGAAGAAAGAAUGCGAAUGGAAAAACAAAGGCAGGAUAAUAUAAGAGAAAUUGACGCUAAGCUAAAGGAAGAGAGCCAGCUGAGACACGAUAAGGAAAAAGAGUUGGAGCAACAGAAAGAGAUAUAUGCCAACGAAGAUUCCUUUAACAAGAAAGAAAAUGAACGGCUUAGGAAUGACAUCGAUGCUCUUCGACGAGAAGUAGAUGACAAAAACCGAGAAAAUAUGCAACUUAAAUCGAUGGAAGAAAAAUUGAAGCUAAGAGGAAGCGAAGGGAUGGAAGGAAAGCUGAGAGAUGAUUUUGAGAGACUCUUAUCAGAGCACAAGUUAGAACUGAACAAGAGUUAUGAAAAAGAAAAACAGAAGCUUGAUGAAACCUUACAAUCCGAAAGACGACAAAUAAAGGAGGAGAACGAUAAAGAGAAAGAGAAAAUCAAGGCAGAGCAAGAAGAAAUAAGAAUUACAAGGGAAAAACUUCAAGCUGAUGAAAAGUCCUAUCCAGAGAGAGAACAGCUGUACAGGCCUGAGAAUGAAUCAGUGAUGUAUUCCCUAGGUGGCUAUCGGGCAAGUGGUCAUGGCCAGCACGAUAGAAAAACCAAACCGAGCAGUGUUAGCCAAUGGGCGGUACCAUCUGGCAGUGUAGAGAUUGGUCUCGCGCACGGAACAUUAUAUAGCGAAAAACAGCGUCAAAACCUAGAUGUCGGUACAUUGGAUGAAGAGCCUUUUGGUGACCAUCCACUUGAAUCAACAAGUGGAGCAAAAGAUUUUGUUUCACCCUACAAACUGUCUACUGAUUUUGGUCAUCCAUAUAAGGGAUCACCGUCCCCGCAACAGCAACGGGAACCAUGCGGUCAAUACAGUCUUGGUGAUUCUUCCUCAAAUGGUUUCCUAAAGGAAUAUCUCACUGGAAAGUCGCAAUAUCACAUCACAUUUGAUUACCACGAGAAGACAGGGCUCCCAAAAACCCAGCCCUCUGAACAAAAGCCUGAGACUGAAGUUAACUAUCAAUUAGGGUCGGGAGCCAGUUCACGUCCCCGGGCAGUUUCAGAAGAACGUGAACUGAUAGCCGAAUUGAGAACAUUAAAAAGCGAGAACGAAGGUUUGAAAGCGAAGAUGGCAGCUUUGGAAGAGAACAUAGAACUGCGUAAAAAAUAUAAGAAGGAGGCAAAGGCCGAAAUGGAAAGGCUUCUAAAAGAGAACGAAGAAAAAGAUCUCAAAAUACAGCAUUUAACUCAGGAGAUUAAAAAAAUGACAGAAAAAAAGGCCAGCGAAGUAAAAGCAGAUAUCCAAUAUGAUGGGUCAGGGUUAAAAUUACACACUCGUCACGACGGAGAAACAUUGGCUCACACAGAGACCAGGGAAAUGGAGGGGAGACUAAAAGGAUUGGAGGUACAUGCAGUAAGAGCUGAUAAGAGAGCAAAAGAAUAUGACGUGAGCAUUACAGACACCGAGAAACAGAGCAAGGAGAAAAGAAAGAAAAAUGAUUUACAAGAUGAAUGGAAUUCAUCGAGUCGACAGGAGGUAAAGAUAAAUAUCACUUAACCCUCGGACAUACAAGUGGAGGAGGGGGGGGUUGAUGCCACCCCACCCCCCCCCAUAAAAUAUUUCUGAGUUUUUUUCCUAGAGGAUAAAACAUCAGUGCCUGACGUUUUCAGUAGCUGUUCGUUCAUCCCUCGCGCACAUUUUAAGACACGUUUCGUGAUGAUCNAAGGGGGGGGGGGGGGGGGGUUGAUGCCCCCCCCCCCCCCCCCAUAAAAUAUUUCUGAGUUUUUUUCCUAGAGGAUAAAACAUCAGUGCCUGACGUUUUCAGUAGCUGUUCGUUCAUCCCUCGCGCACAUUUUAAGACACGUUUCGUGAUGAUCAGUUGCUAUGGUUACUUAUGACGUCAUAAGUAGCAGGUGGUGAUCAAGACAAUUUUGGGUGAAAAUAUAAGUUUCUUCAACUUUUUUCAACAAUCAAAGUAAAUCUUGUGGCUAAAAUCAUGCAAAGUGCUUAUUUAUGUGUUAUUUGUCAUGUAAAACAAAAAAUUACCAUUUCUCUCACUUUUAACCUGAUUUCUAAUUCUUGGUAGAAUCCAAGAUGGCCACCAUUGUUGGUGACGUCACAGGCCCCCAGCAGCGCAACCACCCCUAAAAUAAACCUCAUCUUUUUAAGAAGAUCAAAAGCUUUCCACGAAGGGUAAAAUCGUUUCAAAAUACUGCAACGUAUCAAAAACUCAAGAGAGGGGCUCCAUACACCCCCCCUUAUACCACGGUGGGGGUAUGAAUUUGCGUGUACGUCCGAGAGUCAAAUUUCUAAAAGAAAAGCCCUUUCCCUUUAGAAAAUGGGAGGGGAGAGAAGCGUUUCAAUGUUAUCCGCUGUAAGCACCAUGUAAGAUGGGAGGAUGCAUAAAUGACAUUCUGAAGUGUGAUUGACCGGAGUGAGGGCCUUUUCUGAGGGUAGAAUAGAGGAGCCUUUAAGAUAGAUGAAAUGAAAUGCGAGGCUUCAUCUGAACACAAUUCAAACAAUAAAUGAAGUAUAAUAAGAGUUGCACCUAAAAGGUACUUUUUCUCAAUUUCCGGCGUUUUUGCAGCUGUAAUUACCAGAAACGGCAUGACUGUGUAAGGCAAAUAACUUACAGCCUUUUUCAUUUUAGGACAAACUACGCGACGAUUCUGUGUCUACAAAUGGUUCACAAGAUUCUUAUUAUAAGGUGAGUUUUACAAGAGACCAUUCCUGGUUUGCACAAGUAGUUACAAAAGGUAAAAAUAAUUUUGAUGAGAAAGCGUUAGGAAUUCUUCAUGCCCAGGGAGGCACAUCUUUCAGAUGGCACAAUGAGACAGAUCUUUAUUCUGUCAUCAGAUAUCGAAUUCAAUUAAAAGGAUCCAUAUAAUCUGCGUUGAGUGAAAAUACUUUGAAAAUGCGCCAUGUUAAGGCUCCAAAAAACAAACCAUUAAGUCUUUAUCUUCACAGGAUCUAAGGGGGGCCAUGGAGCGCUCGACCUCCUUUGUGAAACCGGCAAACACGCUAGAAAUUUGAUGAACCAAAUUCACGCAAACUGAAUCCCAAAAUUCACUGUGGUUGAAUAAUGACGCACUUUCGACCGUCUGUAUUCAAAUUUUUACUGGAAAGUUCCCUUUGUUGGAAAUUUUUUAUCAAUUAAUUUCUUGUGCGGUACUUGUAUGGGCCAAAAGAGAACGAGUUCGGACAUUCUAGCCCAGUGAAUCAUCUAAACACGCUCACUUCCUACCGGAAAAGUCCUCAUCUGAAUGUCGACAUGACAAACUACUAAGAACCCUGGACACCCUCCCUUCGUUAAAAAAAUUCUUUGCUACGCCCCCUUCCCCCCACCUCCUUCUUGUGCUUGUGUUGCUGUUUUUUUUUUUUUUUAACCUUUUGAUAUAUAUUUUUCUUUUUCCCCAGUUUUUUUUAUAACUAUUUAUGUCCCAUGCUAAAUACCAACCUACUUUUCGGGAGAAGUAUUUACUUCUUCCAGUCUUCAAAGCCUUGACUGUUAAGAUAAUUGACCUGCAUUAAAAACGGGCCUCAGACCUUUUUAACACCUGGGUAAAAAGCUUCGACUUUCUGUUUUUUUCUGUUUUUAUAGUAUUUUUUUUGUUGGUUACUUUACAGGCAGGAAAAAACCCCUGUCUUCCCAUCUUUCUUAAAAAAAUUCCUUUCUUCCCCCCCUUUCCCCCCCCCCCUUCUUGUGCUUGUUUUGCUUUUUUUUUUUUUUUUUAACCUUUUGUUAUAUAUUUUUCUUUUUCACCAGUUUUUCUUAUAACCAUUUAUGUCGCAGGCUAAAUACGAAGCUACUUUGCGGGAGAAGGAUCAACUUCUUCAAGUCGUCAAAGACUUGAAAGUGAAGAUCAAUGACCUGCAGGAAAAGCGGGCCUCAGAACUUUGUAACAGCUGGGUAAAAAGCUUCGACUCUCGUUCCUAAAAGUUUUAGAUGCAUCAGGUUUUUCGUUACAGAUAUGUGGCGUUAUACGUGGCUAAUCAGUUUUUCCGCUUUUUUUCCUUUUUCAGCCUGUAGAAAGGUCACAAGAGAAGAAUGGUGAAACUGAAAGACUCAAACAGUUGGUAACAGAGAAUUCAUCCCUUAAAGAAAGAACAUCAGAGCUUCAAAAUCAGCUUACUCGUCUUCUGGAAAAACUAAAAUCUGAGAAAGAAAAAGUGAGAUUUUUCGUUUUUGCUUCUUUGGUUUGUUUUGUUUUGGUGUGUUUUUGCCAAUGAUAUCCCAUCUAAAGGAAAAACUUAAAUGCUACUAACACUCACAUGUUAUAGGAGGAACAAAAAAAGACUCCUAAGAAUGCUAUCAAUUCAUUGAAAAGGUUUCAGUUGAAAUAUCACACUGAAGGAUUGCAAACAAGGUUGAAACCACCUUAUAUGCAUCUACAAUCAGUUAAUAGAAAGAAUUGCCAUAUAAAGACCCUUCCAUUUCAACUUUGUAGUCGCAGAAUAGGACAUUUUUGAAAGGAGGUGUUUUUAGUCCGUCAUUUGGCCAGUCUAUGACUUCUAUUAGCAGCACGGUAAAUGAGUAUUUCCGAUAGUCGGCCUUUAGCGUAAUGUGAAAGCUAACUGUCACAAAAUUUAUCCACUUUUCAUUGAUUCCAGGCUGCCUCUCUCGAAACCAAGUUACCUUCCCACGAGAGCAAAACUUUUUACAAUAUAGAGGAAAUGGAGAAAAGACUCAGAAGGACUGGUCGAGAGCUUUCGGGAACUCAAGAAAACCUGGACUCUGCUACGUUGAGGAGGAUCGAAAAAGAAAUUCUCACCAUUGGUGAUAUUGUGAAAACCCAGUGUGGAGACAGAAGGUUUGGUCACGUGUAUUAUAGAUCAACCAAUGAGGCCGAAGCACGUGCCACCCAGCUGGAAGUCGAGAAGAAAGAAUUGGAGAUGAAGCUACAAAUAGCACGAGAAGCCAUGAGUGAAUACGUCAAACGUUUAAAUGAAAAGGUAAGUGCAUGGUGAGAAAUGCAACAUUAGAUCUCCAUCAAGUUUUAAUCAUCGAUGGUAAAAAGACUGGGGUUUCUUACCAUAUGAUAUUCUUUAUUGCAAGUGUAAUACAGAGUGCAAUAAGUAUAUUUUUUUAUGUUAAUUCCCUGAUACGAAUACAUCCCGCUCACAUUGGGGGUGGCUCCUCCUAAAAUGUUCUGAAAUUGGUGCACGUUUAAACGAAGCCGAGACCAAUUGUGGAAUUGCAAGCAGUCAAGCCAUGAUUUAUAAUGGGUUGCUGUAUUUAGAGGGGAAGGGUCAUUCCCCGUCGCGCGUGUCUCGUGUCUGGCACUCCUCGCUCGCUUAAUGCUUGGUUUCGCUCGAUUGUUAAGUAUGCUACCUUUGAAUACGCUAUAAAUCUUAAAAGUGAGAAGUUAAAGAAAUCAUUAUAAAUCAUACCUUCAUCCUCGAUUCAUUCGUUGAUUUAUAUUGCUGCAGGGGCUUCUCCUCAGUAAACCACCUGAAACAGAGAAUCCCAGAAAAAAAAUUGUUUCAAUCUAGAACACGUUGUCCUUAGUUACUAGCUUCUAACAUGAGAAAACAAUUUUUACUCGUAAAAGGUUUGUAAAGUUGCAGUUUGUAAACCGGUUUGUUUUAGUAAAGAAACAAAAGCAGAAAUUUUGGUGAAGUGAUGGUCUAGCUUCCGCUUUUUCAUAAACUAAAAACAAGAGAUUUUAUUUUUCUCUUACUUAACAAUAAGUUGCAAUUAAAAGGCCCGUGUAAAGGUCCUUUCUUGUCGCUUUGUGAAAAUCGACAAAUUCUGACAAUCAAAUUAAGAUUCGUCAUUGAUGGAAGUCUUUUUCAAUGAAUAAUAGAGGCUUGGUUUCCUUUUGUUGAUAAAACUGUGUUCCCUACUAGUGAUACCGCAUAAAGAACAUGUUGAAGAAAUUAAGAUAAACGCUUUUAACGUCCCAUCGAACUACUAUAAACGGUACACAGGAAUGCGCAGCUCAUAGAUUAAACUCGUCAACUCUCCAUACUUUUCGCACAGUUUACACUCAUGAGGUACGCAAAAAUGCACGAGCAACCGAGCGGAGACGCGAAUAAGUCUUUAAGUCACACCCAAAUCACAUUUCUUUUGAAAUGCUGGAAGUCAGUGAAGGAGUUAUAUUAAGUGAUUUUGAAAACCUAACAUGCUCAGAAAUAUAUAUCCUUAAGAUGAUGGCCUUUCAUAAAACCCUUAUUUCACGGGUGACCCAAACGUGAGUUGCUUCUCCGAUUGGCCCACGAGCAAACUUUCCAUUUGGGGUAUAUCGGCAAGAGUCACGGCGCGGGCGAAAGGCACAACAGGAGAUGUGGAUGUGGUGCAUAUCCGGAAAGCUUGCUGGGCAGACUAGCAUUAUGCAAGUCGGAAAUCUGGGUUUUGACCAUUGAACCAUGGAGUUUGUAUUGAUAAACCUAGCAGGAAUUAACAGAAAUAAACACCGCCAAGUUUCGAUGACACUUUCAAAAUUCACUUGUACUCAUAAAAAAAGAUUGGUCGAUAUUUUUAGAUUAAAAAAGAAAAAAGAAAGAAAAAGAAAUCGCGAAUCUCGGCAAGGUUUAUCAAUAUAUCACUCCUUUGCUUAAUUUUUAAAGCUUUUUAGUACCCAGUUUUCUGAAGCGCACGUUGUGCUUCGGUCAUUUGUGCUAAUUCACCAAUUUAUGAAUUAAACAAAAUUCAAACUUGGCUCCGAGGGUUUCUCCGAUAUGAAACCCUGCAUCUCGACGCCCUUUCUUUUGUCUUCACUCAUCACCCUCGAAGCCAAGUAAGAAUUGUGAAUUAUUUAAAAUUUGGUUUUGCUUGCAUAGAUGCAGGAUGUGACGAGUAUGACUGGAAUCUCCGAACAAAUAGUCCAGGAGUUACACUCCAGGAAUAACAGCUUAAAAAAGAGUCUACAAGCCCUCGAGGAAGGGCAGAAAGUCUCUCACCUGCAGAAUGAACAACUUCAACAUCAGAAAUCAGCUCUUCAAGACCUCAUAGGCGGCUUGUGCAGAGACGAGAAGAUACCUGGUAAGUCAUAUAACUCGUCAUCAAGACUCCUGGAUACCAAGCAUGACGGAAGGAGUCACGUGGCUGCAAGUACUUCACCCAGUUACCAAGACUACAGAUAUGACAACAAGUAUAGCAUAGGCUUUGAUAACAGACACCGUGCGAACGAUGACAGUGAGAGCGAAAGAAAGCUGGCAUAUAAAGAAUUCCAAGAGCCCAAAAAUGAAACAUGUAGCCGGUGUUCUAGAGUGGAUCAAUUUUCCACGGUAUUUGAGGAAUAUCCAAGCAGAUAUUCCAACUAUGAGUAUAAAGCUUUCGGACGAGUUGGCGGUCUGUAUUGA